AUGUGGCUCAAACCAAAGCAAGGAUGGAUUAAGAUCAAUUUUGAUGGGGCCUCGAGAGGAAAUUUAGGUAAAUCAAGGGUUGGGUGUGUGGCUCGGGAUGAGGAGGGUGAGGUCCUUUCUAAAGGGGUGCAAAGGCUGCAAGAUGGUACGAAGAAUGAGGCUGAGGCAGAGUUCUCUUUAUUAGUAGUGGAAUUGAGUGGGGAAUGGAGUGGCGGAUUUGUUGUCCAACGUGGCAUGAGUUGGACAGGUGUGACGAGAUGGUGGGGUGGAGAUGAUGCAGAUGUACUUUGGGAAGGAGUUCGAGGGUGGCAUUGUUGGUUUUUAGAGUGCAAUGGAAGCCAACUUCACUCUAAAAACAUCCAAACUCUUGUGCCCAUUUUGGGGUCUCGUUUCAGAGCAAAGGCUAAGAAACAUGUUCCAGUCCAAGGAUACUUUUCUGAUUAA